AUGACAUUUUGCUCAUCAGUGCCUGGCUCAACACGAGCAAAGACCCAGUCGUGGGUAAUGAGCAAAGAUCAGGCGCAUUCUGGAAAAGAAUUGCAGCCUACUUUGGGGCAAGCCAGAAAGCUGAAGGGGCCAAAUGAAGGGUCCAAACCGAGAGAGUCGAUGCACUAUAAGAAGCGGUGGCAGAAGAUCAACGACCUCGUGUGCAAGUUUUGUGGCUCGUUUGAAGCUACAACAAGGGAGAAGACCAGCGGACAAAAUGAAACUGAUGUCGUAAAAAAAGCGCAUGAGAUCUUUUACAACAACCAUCAAAAGAAGUUCAAUCUCGAGUAUGCGUGGAUGGAGCUCCGAAACGAUCAGAAAUGGUGCGAUCUUUCAAGCUCAAAACUGGAGGGAAUCUAUAGGAAGAGGAAGGUGGCCGAUGCUGGAGCUGCAACUGAAGCUGAUGAAUGCACCAGUCGUCCACCAGGUGUAAAGGCAGCUAAGGCACGUGGUAAGAAGUCAGCAGUUGAGGAGAAGGGGGUGUCAGCCUUUGAGUCAAUUUGGACCAUCAAACAGGCUGAUCUAGCCUCUAAAGAAAGGCUCUCCAAGAUGGCUCUGCUUGACAGGCUGUUUGCAAAAGAAGGACCAUUGAAUGAGCGUGAAGAAGCCCUAAAGACCAGACUGAUAUAUGAAUUGUUGGCUAUUUGA